AACAAGAAAGAAAAUCAAAUAUGGGUUCCAUUUCCAAGAGCUUCCUUCUCCUCGCUCUUUUAUCUGCCGUCCUUCUUCUCAUAUCUUCAGAAGUGGCAGCUCGAGACCUUGCUGAAAAAACAGCUGAAAAGAAAAAUGGUGAAGUGGAUGGACGUGGAGGUUAUAACGGUCAACAUGGUGAUGGCUAUGGAGUACACGAUGGACAUGGACACGGACACGAACACGGUCACGGCCACGGCCACGGCCACGGACAUGGGCAUGGACAUCACGGAGGAGGCUGCUACCACGGCUGCUCCCAUGCUGACGAGGCUGUGGACUCUGAAACUCAUGCCGAUCCUGAAAACUUUGUUCAAUCUCCAACAGCCAACUACCUAGUGGGGUCGACUGCUACAUUACAGAUAAUCAAUGACACAAUCCUUUGGAUAUCGAGGCCUAUAAAUGAGAAAGGAGGGUGCAUUUGUUUUAAGCAUCAACAAGAAAGAAAAUCAAAUAUGGGUUCCAUCUCCAAGAGCUUCCUUCUCCUUUCUCUUUUAGCUGUUGUUAUUCUUCUCAUUUCUUCUCAGGUGGCAGCUAGAGGCCUUGCUGAAACUACCACCGAGGCUGAGGUAGAAGAUGCCAAGUACGGGCACAUCGGAUACGAUGGACGUGGUGGUUAUAACGGUGGGCAUGGAGAUCACAGAGGAUAUGGCGGGUAUGGAGGACAUGUUGGACAUGGAGGUCAAGGAGAUCACGGAGGGUAUGGUGGGUACGGAGGACACGGUGGACAUGGACAUCACGGAGGAGGCUGCUACCACGGAUGCUGUCGUCCGAGUUAUCACGGAGGUGGUUGCAAACGGUGCUGCUCUUACGCGGGUGAAGCGGUCGACGCUGAAACUCAUGCCGAUCCUCACAACUAAUGUUAGCCUUUAGGCAUGUAUGGUGUAUCUAAAUAAAUUGGCAUGGCAAAUCUUACAAUUUGCUAUACGUCCUAAAUGAAAAUGCUUCCUUCAUGUAGACAUGUACGAGGAAGUAUAGAUCGAAUAAAAUAACUAAGAUUCCUUUGAGAA